AUGGCCAAAACGAGGUGGUUCUUAACAAGUGUGCUGUCAUCGAUUGUGUCCGGCCAAUUUACUCCCGUCGAGAUCGCCAUGGGGUUUCUGCUACUUGGUGAGGUGGAUGGUGCUAGGGUCUUCCCGCUGAGGUCCCUCAUCAAGGGUAGAAGGGUUGUAAAACACAAGGGUUUGGAGACGAGAAGGAUGGCUGGAGCUCAAGCCCCAGACUUGCCUGCGGUUUCAUUGAAGAAGAGUCUCCCUAACGGGAUGACAAAUCAUGCUAUGAUCAGCACUUUCUCUACUUCUUCCAGUGCAUUUUCUGAUGUUCGGGUUGUUUGUUGCAAUGGCAAUAGGGAUGGUGGUAUGGAUGCGGGCAUGGGGAAAAUGGAUGAUGCAGAGGGUGCUUCUCUCUGUAAAUUUCAAACUGCAAAACUGAGGCAGGAUUCUGGUGAGUUUGGCUCAUUUUUUGUGUGUAUCAGGUGCAUGAAGGAUCACCCUUCUGAAAGUGGCACAGGAGCUCUGACAUCCCUGAAAGCAGUUUCCAUCCAUGGUUUAAAUAAGAAAAAGUUUCUGAUCUUGGAUUCAGAGGGAUAUUUACAUCUCAUUGAUCUUCAUAGCACCAUUACAUCAUUAGAAGCAAAUGUUAAAUUUACCAUGAACCCAAAAAGAUACGUGAUGUAA